GAAACCAGAGAAGAAAAUCAAUCCCAAAACCAAAAAUGGAGGCGGAGGCGCCAGCUUUGGUACUGAAGAACGAACACAACCUCAGAAUAUGUUGGACUGAAGGCCAAUCUCAGUCCAUGAGGCGCGUCAAGAGACGGCGGAGAGACCCCACCUCUGCCUCCGCCUCCGCCUCCGCCACCGCCACCGAUCAAACUAACAAGCAGCAGUCAUCCGAUCAAGCUCCGACCACCACUACAAAGCGAAGUUCACGGUUUCGCGGCGUCAGCAGACAUAGAUGGACUGGAAGGUUUGAAGCUCAUUUAUGGGAUAAGCUUUCUUGGAACAUGACACAGAAGAAGAAGGGCAAACAAGUUUAUCUUGGAGCUUAUGAUGAAGAAGAAUCAGCUGCAAGAGCAUAUGAUUUAGCAGCACUCAAGUAUUGGGGUGUAACUACCAUCACUAAUUUUCCUACAUCAGAAUAUGAGAAGGAGAUUGAGAUAAUGCAAACAAUGACAAAAGAGGAGUAUUUGGCCUCUUUAAGAAGAAAGAGCAGUGGCUUCUCAAGAGGUGUAUCUAAAUAUAGGGGAGUUGCAAGGCACCAUCAUAAUGGUAGAUGGGAAGCAAGAAUAGGGAGAGUUUUUGGGAACAAGUACCUCUAUCUUGGAACUUAUAGCACCCAAGAGGACGCUGCUCGAGCUUACGAUAUGGCAGCCAUUGAAUAUCGAGGCAUAAAUGCAGUCACCAACUUCGACUGGAGCAAUUACAUGGCCUGGCUGAAGCCCCCGCCACCACAAGCCACCGCCAACGGCGCCCACACGACAUCGGACCCCCGCAAAGAACUCUGCACCUCUGGCUCCUUCCCGGCAGACGAAACCUCCCUCUUCAAAACUCAUCACUUUGACACAGAUUCCUUCCAUUCCCUUCAGAAGCAAGAGCUUCUUGAGAGCUGCAGCGCCCCUCUCAGUGGUUAUGCCAAAUCUUCUUCUCCGUCAGCUCUCGACCUCCUUCUUCGAUCUUCAUUUUUCAAGAAACUGGUUGAGACCAACUCGAAUCUCUCUGCAGAUGAGGUUGAGAAUGGAGAAGAGGCAAAGACUCGAGUGCAGCUUGACAGCGUCUUUGAUGAGUUCGGAGACGUCUUCUGCGAUAGAAUUGCAGACGUCCCGUUCGCUUGCAGUUCCAACAAAGAUCUGCAAGAAAGUGAGCUUCAUUCGUUCUUCAAUGGUGCAUUUCAUCGCUUCAAAGCAGCCUGAAAGUAUGCUUGAUUUUGUGUGUACUUUGUUAAUAUCAUCAUAUCGAAUACGUAAAUAUGGAAGUAAGAACUCAACUCGAUCUCGACUCGCUCAACUGUUUUCUUCGUAUUUUUGUGGACAUGAGUGAAUCAACUGCUUAACAUUUCUCCCUUUCUCCAUUUGA